AUGGCUGCUCAGACAGCUUCCCCAAUUGUAGCAGCUCCAGUUCCAGCUCCCUUGGCUCCGGCUUUGGUUGCCAAGCCGGCCAUUUCACCGUCACCUGGCCCCGGCACACCCGGAUCCAUCACCACGAAGGAAUGGGUGAUUCCCCCACGCCCUAAACCAGGUCGCAAGCCAGCCACCGAUACUCCCCCAACAAAACGCAAGGCCCAGAAUCGAGCCGCCCAGAGAGCUUUUCGCGAGCGACGAGCUGCCCGUGUGAACGAACUGGAGGAGCAGAUCAAGUCCAUUGAGGACGAGCAUGACAUCCAUGUCGCCGCAUUCAAGGAGCAGAUUUCGACCCUAUCCCGCGAGGUCGAACAAUGUCGAACCGAGAUGAACUGGUGGCGCGACCGGUGCCAUGCCCUGGAGAAAGAGGUGUCCGUGGAGAGAACUGCCCGGGAAACACUCGUCAAGGAGUUCCGGUCGUCUGUCCCCGACAAGAGUGCUUCGAACUCCGACAAGGCGGUACCGUUGCCACCUCGAGGAUCUGCUAGGGUCUCUCGCGUCGAAAGUAACCACCUUCACAACCACAGCCACCAACUGGAACAGGAGGAAGUGCCUCUAGGUUGCAACCAGUGCUCUACAAGUCACUGCCAAUGUCUCGAGGACGCCUUCGCAAUGCCAGGAAUUGAGAUGAAGGAUUUGCCCCAGUCAAAGCUCGUGGCCCGGCACUCGGAGCCCAAGAUCAAGCCGGAGCCAGAGGAAAUGGAGAUUGAUUUCACCACCCGCUUUGCAGCCCCCCACGCCCCAGAAGAGAUUCACAACCCUGUCUCCUCCCCUCCGGUCGAUCCCUGCGGAUUUUGUCAGGAUGGUACACCCUGCAUCUGCGCGGAGAUGGCUGCUCAAGAGGAACAGCGUCGACGGGGAAACAACUAUGAAAGUAACCGACUGGCUCCCAUCCAAAGUAUUUCCCAGUUCACCCCUCCGCCUUCUGACGGAGACGUACGGUCCGAGGUGACUCUACCGUCUCUCAGCCAGGCUACCAACCCCUGUGCAAACGGACCCGGCACCUGUACUCAGUGUCUCUCAGACCCCCGAAGAACCCUUUUCUGCAAGACGCUCGCCGCCUCCCGCUCUGCCAGCGGCACUCCCUCCGGAUGCUGUGGUGGCAAGGGCCCCGACGGUGGAUGUUGCCAGACGCGUCCCACCAAAACCACCACCGACUCAGCAGCAACAACCCCGGCGCUCACUCUGUCCUGCACUGAUGCCUUCACCACCCUUUCACGACACCCAAACUUCUCCCGAGCCAGUGACGAACUUGCUUCCUGGCUCCCAAAACUGCAUACCCUUCCGAAUCCCAAAGACGUCGGCACCAGCUCUAGAGCUGCCAUUGAAGUCGAAGCUGCGAGUGUCAUGGGUGUUCUUCGUUACUUUGAUCGACGCUUUGCCGACAAAUGA